UCACUAUUAUUUUCAAUUUUUAACCCUUUAGUUACCGAGACUCCCUUUUUAAGGCUGUCCGUUGGAUUCGAUUCGACUUAGGAGUCAGAUCCAUCCGUUUUUGAGAAAGAUUUCUCACAUCUUUCGCGGCAAUCUCAUUUUUUGGUCAUCGAAGGCAUCUCUGCCAGUUUGCUUACUCAGCCUCAAAAAAAAAGAAAAAUGUUCCGCAAGACCAUGGCCCUCGUCUUGGCCCUCUUCGUGAGUGGCUGUGUUGCCGAUCAGGAGAUGCCUCCACCACCUGACGGUGGCAUGGGCCCUGGCGAUGGCAUGGGCGGCAUGGGCCCUGGCGAUGGCAUGGGGAUGGGCCCUCCUGGCGAUGGCAUGGGCAUGAUGGGAAAACCCGCCACAGUUGUUGACAUUGCUCUUGGAAGUCCCGAGCACAAGACUCUGGUUGAACUUCUGACAACUGCCGGUUUGGUGGAUACGCUUGCCGAUGAAUUCGCUAAUUACACUGUUUUCGCCCCCACUGAUGACGCCUUUGCGGCGUUGGGAAAUGGAACGCUUGACAAGUAUCUUGAACCCCAGUGGGCUGGUCAUUUGAUUGACAUCUUGCUCUACCACGUCACCUGGGGGGAAUACAAAGCUGAAGACUUGUCCCAAGAUCUUGAGCUCUGGAUGCUCAAUGGGGAGUCAGCAAACAUCACCAGCGUAUCUCCUGUGUACACCAUCAACAAUGCCACUAUCGGACCAGCCGAUUUGGAGGCUGAAAAUGGCGUUGUACACGUUAUUGACAGUGUUCUUUUGCCUUGGUCUGUCUAUACCGACAUUGUUACUGCCGCCGUCACGCUGCCUGAGCUUUUCAGUACCCUUGUCGGCCUUGUGGUUGCUGCCAACCUCACUGAGACCCUUUCGGGCCCUGGACCCUAUACUCUAUUCGCGCCAACAAACGAUGCAUUUGAUGCGAUUGACAAUGAGACUGCUUCGUUCCUGCUCAGCCCCGAUGGCUUCGAGUCUUUGCAGGACAUUCUCCUCUACCAUGUGGCUCCAGGAAUCAUUCUUUCUGAUGAUGUCAUGGAUGGAGCGGAAAUUUGGAUGGCCAAUGGCGACCCAGCGAUUCUUUCGGUCACCAAGACAGCUGGUAACAGCACUGCUUCAACUGACAAUGUCACUACUGCAGUGAGUGCCUCCGAGGGAGAGGAAGCCUACCUCAUCAAUGAUGCCACUAUUACCGAAGGCGACUACCUCGUCAAUAAUGGGGUUAUCCACAUUAUUGACACGGUGCUUCUCCCCCUAGUGGCAUCUCGUCGCUAGACCUUUCGGAUAUUGAAUGUUACAAAGAACAAAAGCUAUGCCGUUGGCAAAAGACUUGUGCUGUACCUAUAUGUAUCGAACAGAAACCCUGAUCAUCAAAAACGAUGAUUAGGAAGAACAAAAACAAAGACGAUGUGACAAGACUUGUGUACCUAUUUGUAUCCAGAAGAAAGCCUGAUUGUGGAGAUGCGAUCCUCAAAAGGCUAAGGUUUGAGAACGAGACCUUUUGUUGGGUGUUCCAAUAAGACUAUGGUUGUGUUUGAGUAGCAAAAUAAGGUGUUUCUUAUAGCGAGCUCAUUUGUAAGUAACCAGAGCCUGUGGUAGACGCCUCAAUCCAGGUGGAUGAUGGAUGAUUUGACGCAUGUGUAGAUAGGUACCUGGUACCGGCAGGUAAUCCAUCCAGCGUUGUUUUGAUCCAAGGUAUCAGGUAUAACUUGCCCGUCGAAGCCUAGGGUUCACCAGUUUACUCUGGCGCUGCAUAGUUGAAUUCA